AUGGUGCGCAUGGGACGCAGGGCUGCGGCCCUCCUGGCUACCCUGCUGCUCCUCUGCCUCGCGGGGGCGUUCACCACGACCCACGCGGCGACCGACAGCACCGCUCUCGGCACUGAUUCCGGCAGCUCUUCCAGCAGCGGGGUUCCUUGCGCUGUGGUCUGCGAAGGUGAGCACGAUGGCUACGCUCCGAAGGUGUGCCAGCUCGUGUACAUCGACUCGGGCAGCGGCGGGGUGAAGGUGUUCGCGCGCGUCCUCCAGUGGUCCUCCUUCGUCAUCUCCCUGUCGCUGUUCACGUUCUUCUCGUACCAGUACUUCGUCGCGACGUGCGGGUGGGAGGUCAUCUACGUUGGCGCCCUCGAGUCCAUGUACUACAUCCUCGAGAUCUUCUUCGAGAGCUACCCGCCCUUCACGGUGUACAACGCGAACGGCGCGACCGCCGCGUGGCUCAGGUACAUGUCGUGGCUGCUGACGUGCCCGGUGAUGCUCAUCCACUUGUCCAACAUCACGGGCCUGGGCGAGCAGUACAACAGCCGCACCAUGCGCCUCAUCACCUUUGACCAGGGCACCCUCAUCAUGGGCGUCACCGCCGCGCUCGCCACGGGCGUGCCCAAGAUCAUCUUCUUCCUCAUCGGUGUCGUCUUCGGUGGCACGACCUUCUACACGGCCGCCCAGAUCUACAUCGAGUCCUACCACGUGGUCCCCGCGGGUAUCUGCCGCCAGCUGGUGCGGUACAUGACGUGGGCGUUCUUCCUCUCGUGGCCCAUCUUCCCGCUCAACUUCCUGGCGGGGCCGGAGGGCUUCGGCUUCUUCAACUCGUCGGGCUCCGUCAUCGCCCAGAGCGUGUGCGACCUGAUCUCGAAGAACCUGUGGGGGAUGCUCGGCUGGUACCUGCACUACAAGGUGCACGAGCACGUGGUCAUGCACGGCGUCGUCACCAAGCGCAUGGAGGUGGACUUCUUGGGGACGAAGCGCGUGAUCGAGGCCUGGGCCGACGAGGACGACCCGGACGCCACGCGCCAGGCGUCGCACGCGGUGUCGCAGCGCCGCUCCAUCCGCAACAUGCGCACCCAGCUCAAGUCCCGCGGCCGCCGCGUGCGCCCGUCGCUCGACGAGGACGCGGAGAUGCCCAGCCACAUCGACCAGGAGAUGAUCAAGCCCAUGGUCGCCGGUCCGUUCGGGCCCGUCAAGUCGGACGUGGCGCUCGGCACCGCGCGCGGCCGCCUCCCCGCCGCGCCCGCCGCCAUGGCCGCGAACGCCGGCUGGAAGACCACGCCGUCCGGGCCCAAGUACAGCCUGCCGUCGUCGGCCCUCGUGGUGGUCGCCGCGCAGGACGAGGGCACGGUGGCCUUCUUCCGCAGCCAGUUCGAGCAGCUGCCGUGCAGCGUCACCGUGGAGCACAUCCAGAACGACAGCGAGGCCAUGCAGUGCCUGGGCUACUACAAGUCCAUCAACCAGACGGUCGACUUGGUGCUCCUGCAGCCCUCGGUCGCGCAGGCCAACCCCGCGAUCGUGCAGGCCGUCAAGUCGAACUUCGGCGUGCCCGUCGUGGCGUUCAGCAGCUCGUCCGCGUCGGCCUCGCAGCUCGGCGCCGACGACAACAUCGAGGGCCCCACCCUGGGCACGCCCUUCAACAAGGACGUCCUGGCGCAGGCGCUGUCCAAGCACCACGGCGGGGCGCGCUCCGCCGUCGCGAACCCGAUGUACUCGGCCGCCCCCGCGACGCCGAUGACGCCGGGCUCGGGCGCCAUGACGCCCGGCGGCGCUCAGUACGACCCGGCCAUGGUCAAGUCCAUGAUGGACGAGAUCGCGCGCCUCAAGGCCGCCGCCGGCCUGCAGUAG